AUGAGCGACAGUCGCGCCUCCAAGGAAUGGCCCAAUCGCGGGCAUGAGCUGAUUGCAACGGCAUCUGCUAUGGCCACGUUCUCAACGCUGGUAGCGCUAUGGCGCGUUAUUGUGAGACUGCGAGUCAAUCCUUGGCUAGGAGUGAGUGACUGGCUCAUGAUAGGAGGUGUGAUCCUCAACUUUGUGUCUUGCAUACCAUAUGCUAUUCUCGCGGCGAACGGUGGCCAAGGCCGCUUGAUGGCAGAUCCUUGGUGGCAGGUCCCUGGGCACACGUCCAACGAGCUGCACAUCAUCUUCAUCUCGCAAUGUCUAAACGUUUAUGCCAUGUUCUUGGUGAAAGCGUCAAUCUGCGCGUACCUUAUGGCCUUGAACCUUGGGCCGAGCUAUCGCGUUCUAAUCUGGAUUUCAGUAUUCAUCGUUGUGUCAUUGAACUUCAUCAUGAUGCUGAUCCUACACUUCGCGUACUGUCGGCCGUAUUGGUCGAGAUGGGACUUUUCCGUGAAGGGAGAGUGCUGGCCUGCAGCAGUCAGUGAGUGGACAGCGUACUUUCAGAUCGCGUCCAAUAUCGUCACAGACCUCAUUUACGCUGCGGCGCCGAUCAUAUACCUCAGACAUGUACAACUCAGCAAGCGAACACAGUGGGGCGUCAGAAUCGUUUUCCUGCUGGCGCUAGUUGGAACUGCGCUCUCGAUUGUUAAAAUCCCCACUACGUACAGGUUCCUUCGCUCUAAAGAGGUGAUGUGGGAUGCCAUCGACUUGAGCAUCUGCAGCAUCAACGAAGUCUGUGUUGGAAUUGUCAUUGCAAAUCUUCCACCUCUGCGAAAGACGAUCAAUGAGUUCUUAUCAAAGGUCUUACCCACCAAGUUUGCUUCUAGUGCUGGCGUUGCAUCGCGUAAACAACCUAGUCAAAUUGUUUUGAGUUCCAUGACACAUAGCUCGAAGGGCCACACUAAGCUGGACAAUCAGGGCGACAGUGAGAGCGAGCGAUAUAUCUUAGGGCUUGAGGAUAGAAAAAGCUUAGGUAUUUCAAGGGCAUAA